CACUUGGAGGGGCGUAGGGUUUCCUUGAGGAUCUUGGUUAAGUUUGGAACGAAGCUGUCCCUGGAAACACCCAGCCAUGUCGGACGCGGUAGUCAGUUUCAUGAAGGACUUUUUGGCGGGUGGCAUCGCCGCUGCCAUCUCCAAAACAGCUGUUGCCCCCAUUGAGCGGGUCAAGCUGUUGCUACAGGUGCAGCAUGCCAGCAAACAGAUCACCGCCGAGAUGCAGUACAAAGGGAUCAUUGACUGUGUGGUCAGAAUCCCAAAGGAACAGGGCUUCAUCUCGUUCUGGAGAGGCAACCUGGCCAACGUCAUCCGUUACUUCCCCACCCAGGCCCUGAACUUCGCCUUCAAAGACAAGUACAAGAAGAUAUUCCUCGGUGGCGUGGAUCAGAGAACGCAGUUCUGGCGCUACUUCGCCGGUAACCUGGCAUCUGGUGGUGCAGCUGGAGCCACGUCGCUCUGCUUCGUCUACCCGCUGGACUUUGCCAGAACGAGGUUGGCCGCCGACAUCGGCAAGGGCCCCGCAGAGAGGGAGUUCACCGGUCUUGGAAACUGCAUCGCCAAGAUCUUCAAGACCGACGGCAUCAAGGGCCUUUACCUGGGCUUCAAYGUGUCAGUGCAGGGUAUCAUCAUCUACAGAGCAGCUUACUUCGGAUGCUUCGACACAGCCAAAGGCAUGCUGCCAGAUCCUAAGAACACGCACAUCAUCAUCAGCUGGAUGAUCGCCCAGACUGUUACCGCUGCUGCAGGUCUUGUUUCGUAUCCCUUCGACACCGUCAGACGUCGUAUGAUGAUGCAGUCAGGACGCAAAGGAGCCGACAUCAUGUACAAGGGCACAAUCGACUGCUGGAGGAAGAUCCUGAAAGAUGAAGGAGGACGUGCUUUCUUCAAAGGCGCCUGGUCCAAUGUGAUCAGAGGCAUGGGUGGUGCCUUUGUGUUGGUGCUGUACGAUGAAAUCAAGAAGAUCACAUACUAAACUCGGCCCUCUCCCCAGCCCCUGACASAAACCCUCCACUUUGUUGAAGUCUUAUUCUUGUGAUGCAGAGGCACCAGCCUGGGGGAAGGUGGGGACCUGACCUAAGUUUGUGCCUUAUCAGAAAUGUGUAUAURUGUAUUUAUAUACCUCAUUACCAUUUGCUAAAAGGCUGUCUUUCAGUGUGACAGCUGGUGAAGAUGUGUUGGCACAGACCGUGAUGCUCCCGGUGUUAGUUGCUGAGGCCCGUAUGAUUUGUUGCGGCCACUAUGACCCUUGUAUCGCACCUCCAACUUUAUUUAUUAAUAAAAAAUUAGGCUAUGAUUCCA